AUGUGGAAACAUCGACUGUCGCCCAGAUCGGAGUCUACAUCUGGGAGCGAUUCGACAAAUCUACAUCUAUCUGAACUGGGAUUCCUGGGGCGGUCCAGAAAGAAGCACAGUGUGCCCUCGUCAUCCUCCGAAUUUCAACCGCGGCCAGACUCAUCUUCCCGCUCCCCGUUUCGCUCCUUUCGCUCCUUUCGACACAAAUCAGACCGUCCUGGGAGUAGUGCCUCCAACUAUACGGACGUCUCACGCCCAACAACUGGCCCACGAGCCCCCUCAGGUCUAGCCGAAUCCAUUCGCUCACCUCAUCACGAGCCUGCCUGGCAGUCAGCGCACUCGAAUCGCUCUCGUGUCUCCUUCAAUUCUCGCUCGGGCAAUUCUAUGGCCGGUGCAAUGGAGGUCGAUCGCACCCGUACACGGAGGGAGAGGACCUUUAUCGGCAGUGAAUGUGCCGUCUGUGAGGAGCCGCUCGAGCAUACCCUGCGCGGUGAGCGGGUCCUGCAGUUCUCAUGCAGUCAUGUCUCCCACGAGGCGUGCUUCUACGAGUUUAUCCGGGAAUUCGAGUCGCAAUACUGUCCGACAUGCAAUGCCCCCCUAGGAUUGGAUACGAGCCGAGGUGGAAACGUCUUGGAUAUCGAAAAGAUCAGCAAUAUUGUGCGUUCGGUGACUAUGAGCGAUACGGCCACCACGAGGAGUGGCCUGACGGGCACGACCGCGACCCCCUGGGAACAACAGUCGAAUCGGCGACCGCCUAGCGAUGCCGGUAGCCGCUACAACAAUGCACAAUCCACCUAUAGCCGACGUGAUAGUCGCGACACCACCGGCCAGCGCGAGCGGGUCGAACGCUUGACUACAGGCGCAGCGUCGGCCAUUUCUGACCCUCGCCAACGCCAACCGCAUUCCCGCAAUGGCAGCGCGGCCGGCUCAUCGGGCGACUACCACGAUGGCCAACAUACGAGCAGUGGGCGACGCCACGACUACGAUGUGCAGGCCAUGGAAUCAGACCUGAGCCCUCGCCCAGGUGUCACCAAAAACCCGAUCCCGGCACCGAUUGUCACCGUGCGAAGCGAGUUCCCUACUAUGAAUCGAUCCCGCCAACAGCAAACCCUGACGUGUCUGAUCACGGUGGAGGUGCCUGAGGGCAAUUGGCGCCCGGACGCGGACGAUCUUCGACACCCACCUUCAGGCCAAUCGCAACUCGAUGAGCCGUAUACAGGACGAUUCGGGGGCUCACAGGAUGCUCGGUCUAUCCAGUAUGAGCCGGUGGAGAAUCUGGAUGAGAUUGCGGAGGAUUUGCGGAAUCGGGUCGAUAAUUGGCAUGGCCUUGAGUUCCAACGGUUUGGCAAGUUGCGAUUGCAUGGGCAAAUGCGCGUGGGCAAGGACCGGGAAUCCUGGCAAGAAUUGGAAUGCUAUCUGUUCGCAGAGAUGCUUAUCUGCGUCAAGGAGAAGAAGAUUCCCGAAUCUCACCAGUACUCCGAGAAGCGCAAGCCCACUCGCUGCACCCUCAAAGGUUCCAUCCUGAUCAAGAAACAUCUCAAGUCCAUCGAUACCGGCUCCGACGAGCCCAUUAUCUCUCUUAACCUUUCUGUCAGCGAACUCCCCUGCUUUUACCUGCGUUUCCAGAACCGCCAGCAGCUGGAGACGUGGCACCGAGCCUUGACGAACCUGCACCCGGUGGAAAAUGGAUCUCGACAACAUAAUGACUUUGAUUACGAGCACUCCGCGGUCGAGGAGGACGAAUACCGGACCAGUCGUAUACAGCGGCAGGCAUCUCUUAACUCGUCUUAUGGCGCAGGCAAGUCGAGUAAUACUGCCAUCACCGAUUACACCAACCCCGAGGCGGAUAAGCCGUCUAUCAAUUCGUUCCACAUUCCUCUUGAUCUCGUCGUGGUCAUUCCCGUCUCAUCAUCGAUGCAGGGGUUGAAGAUUACACUUUUGCGCGAUGCUUUGAAAUUCCUUGUACAGAAUCUGGGCUCCCGGGACCGCAUGGGUUUGGUUACAUUCGGGUCGAGUGGUGGCGGCGUGCCUCUGGUGGGCAUGACCACCAAGUCAUGGAACGGAUGGAACAAGGUUCUCGACUCGAUUCGUCCCGUUGGUCAGAAGAGUUUGCGUGCGGAUGUGGUGGAGGGCGCCAACGUGGCCAUGGAUCUGCUCAUGCAGCGCAAAUUCAACAACCCCGUCUCGACAAUCCUUUUGAUCAGCGAUUCGUCCACCUCGGACCCCGAAAGUGUCGAUUUCGUUGUCUCUCGCGCCGAGGCUGCCAAGGUCAGCAUCCACUCUUUCGGUCUUGGACUGACCCACAAGCCGGAUACCAUGAUCGAGCUCUCGACUCGCACCAAGGGCUCGUAUCUCUACGUCAAGGAUUGGAUGAUGCUCCGGGAGUGUGUUGCGGGAUGCUUGGGUGCUAUCCAGACUACUUCUCACCAAAAUGUCAAGCUCAAGCUUCGGCUGCCAGAAGGCUCGCCAGCCAAGUUUGUCAAGAUUAGCGGGGCCCUCCACACGACGAAGCGGGCGACUGGUCGGGAUGCCGAGGCUGCGUUGGGAGAUCUUCGAUUUGGUGAUAAGCGUGAUGUCCUGGUGCAGCUGGUCAUUCAACCCGACAAUGCUACGCAAGACAACAUGCCCCAGGACCCAUGGGAGAGCUUGGUUUCUGGACUGGAAGCUCUAGGCGGUGGAUUCGAUGGCGAUGAGCAGCGAGUGCUGAGCGUGGAAGAGGUCCCAUUGAUCCAGGCAGACCUGACCUACGGCGAUCUUCUCCGCGACGGCCAUCUGACCCACUCACCUCGUCCCUCACUACUCGCUAUCACCAUGCUUCCGCCGAACCCCAGGUCUCGCAACCAACGACCCUCCACCCCUCCCAUCCCUCCUCACCCGUCCAUCGUACAGCGGCGCAUGGAGCUGCUCACCUCCGAUAUGUUGACAAGGGCACUCACCCUCGUCUCUCGCGGGCAACACGACCGUGGCCAGCACCUGCUCCAAGAGACCCGCAGUAUCCUCAAGGGUCUAGGCAAAGGCGGAUUGCCUCCUCUACCACCCGCCGCCUCCCGACCUUCAGGUACCAGCGACUCGGGCAGCCGAGGCGACACGCCCACGUCAAGUUCUCCCAAGUCUUCCACCUUCGUGGAAAGCCAUGCCUCGUCCGCGUCUGAAACCGCCACCAUCACACCAUCCUCCUCCGUCGACGCGCAGACCAUGAAUGCGCUCAAUGCGGAUCUGGACUCUGCCCUUGAGUGGAUCAACCACCCCGCUGUCUUUGGUCGUGACUCCCGCAAGGCUGUGCUUCAGAGCAUCGGUACGAUCUCCUCGCAGCGUGCUUAUACGUUCCGCACGCCCUCGGAAGCGCACUGGGCCCAGCGGAUCUCUGGUGUGCGUCGUUUGACGGAUAAAUCCAAGGGUUGGCGGGAGAUGGGUGAUGCUGCCUUGACUGAAGAGUAA